CGUGAAUAUUUAGGUUGCUAAAAGUGACUUAUUUUAUUUUUCAUAGAGCCUAGGCUUUAUUGAAACUUCAUCCUUUUCAAAGAGACAUUAGGCUCUGCUACUCUCUUUCUACCUUAUUUUCUCUUAUAUGUGAUUUUGAACAGAGAAUUGGAAGACUGGAUUCCUCUCUCUAGCCAUUUAAUCAUGGAGGAUGGCGUGAGCAAGCUUCUCCCCCUCUACGGUAGCUCUCUUUGAUACCUUUCAUGAACCCCAGGUGAGAAUCAAAGAACCCAACACUGGCAUUUCUAAAAUGUACUGUAAUCUCUCUAAAAGUCACACCUUUCCUCUGAUAUUUAGGGUUUCGAGAGGACCCAAAUCCUCAAUUCCUCAAAGAAGCUCCUUUCUUAACAUUUCUCGGCUGUUCUCAAAUGGAUUUUCUUCAAAAACCCUAGAAAAAGUCUCCAGAGCCGAGCCCAGAGAGACCCUUUCAUGGAUUGAGCAUCACGAGAACACUAGAAACCAUGAAACAGAAAAACCUAUGGUCUGUAAAGCCGGCCAUUACUCUUGGAAAGAUGCAGAAAAUAACUAUUUUUCAAAAAAUGGUAAGAACCCAUCUAAAGACAGUGCUAGAACUAGGUCUAGAUUCAUAAAUAGUGAGGAAAACAAAAAAACUGAUUAUACGAAACGGGCUAGAAUCAAUGAAGCAGGAGAGAGAAAAGGAGAAGCUAGUCAUAGCUCUUGGGAGGAUGCAGCAAACAAUUAUUUCACGAAAAAUGUUGAAGGCCCUGAAACAAAAAUGGCUAGAACUAAACCCGGAUUCAUGGGUAGUAGGAAAAAUAGCAGAACUGGUUGUAUGAAAAGUGUCAGAACUGAAGAAGAAGAAGAUAUUGAUGAAGAAGAAUCGGAAGAAGAAGAAGAUGCAGAAGAAGAAUAUAAAGAAGAAGAAGGAGAUGGUGUUGAAAGAGUUGAAGAUCCAAGAUGGGUUAAAAUCAAAGAUAGAUAUAAGAGGACUAUAGAUAAGGAAUGUGGGUUUGAAAGGCUAGAGGUUUCUAGAUGGAAGAGAGAGGAAAAUUGGGGCAAGAAAAUGUGGAAAGAGGUCACCAAUUCAUCCCCACCAAAGCUAAUUGGAGAAGGGGUUUAUGGGAUAGGCCCGGUCCUUGCCGCAAUCUCUGUUGGACGAAGGGAUUUCUAUACUUUAUAUGUUCAAGAAGGCUUAGACAUCAGUAGUAGUAACAAGAAGAAUAAGGAUAAAAAGGGAAUAGAGAAAGUACUGAAAAUUGCAGAGAGAAUAUCGCUAACAGUGAAAGAAGCUUCAAAGCAUGACCUCAACAUGAUUGUCGACAAUAGGCCUCAUCAGGGUCUUGUUUUGGAUGCCUCUCCAUUGGAGAUGGUUGGUACAAGAGAAAUGGAGCCUGUUUCAAUCAAUGGGAAUAAUGGGGUUUUCUGGGUGGCUUUAGAUGAGGUUACUGAUCCUCAAAACUUGGGGGCUAUAAUUCGGUCUGCAUAUUUUUUUGGGGCAGCAGGUGUGGUGCUUUGUGCUAAGAAUUCAGCGCCUUUGAGUGGAGUUGUGAGCAAAGCAAGUGCUGGUUCAUUGGAAAUCAUUGAAUUAAGGUCUUGCAAGAACAUGAUGCAAUUCCUGACAUCUUCAGUAGAAAAUGGGUGGCGAGUUCUUGGAGGUUCUCUCUCUAAAAAUGCGGUUCCUUUGAAUGAGGUUGAAGCAGGUGAACCAACGAUUCUGGUUUUGGGUAGUGAGGGAAAAGGGUUGAGACCUUUGGUGGAAAGAUCUUGUACACAAUUGAUUAGAAUAGGAGGAAAUAUUCACAGUGGUGUAUUUAACGAUGAAGAUGAAGGUGAUGGAGGAGUGACAAUGGAGCAAGCGUGUGGAGAGAGAAUGGAUCAGGGGGGUUACACCAAAGAACUUCAGUCCUUCCUUGCUGUGGAGAGCUUGAAUGUGAGUGUAGCGGCAGGUGUGCUUAUGUACCAUUUGACUGCUAAUUCUAGUCAGGCUUUAGUAUCUGACCAGAAGGCAUAUACACAUCUCCUUUCAUCAUAAGGUGUGCGAGGCCAAAAGGAGGAGCCUUUGUGCGAGGCCAAAAGAAGGAGCCUUUUUCGAGCUACCCACACCGAAACCGACCCACUGCUUUGAGCAACUAUCCCAUAUAGCAGACCCCUUUUUGAGCUCUGUUUUAAUCCAAUGACGCCUAUUUUUUUGUUUCC